AGAAUAGCUGACAAAAUUAUUUAUAAUUUAUUAUAAUUACUAAUAGUACGAUCAAGGCUAUUCAUGAUUAAGUAAAGUCUGGGAGUAGAAUUUUCUAUCAGGUGCAAACGGCAUAAAAGAGACUAAUUUACAAUGAAUCACUAUAGCCCUGAAUUAUAAUUAAUGCUGCAAUAACUUUAGUCAAAUCCAUAUAAAUACAGACUUUACAUUGACAUUUUAUCUCAGAGAUGUUUGCGAUUAAAAACUCUUUACAACAAAGUAAAAUAAGUCUUAUCAAACAUCACAUGGCGUAUAAGGAUGUCACAAGGGUUUUGCCAGAAUGUCCAAGACGGUUUUCUGACUGUCAGUGAAAUACUAUUUAUUUAUCUAUUGACUAAUCAAUAAAUAGAUAUGCCAUUUUUAAAAAAAGAUAUGUAAAUUAAUAGUGAUUUUCUUUUAAUACCCCUUGAACAUAGUCUUAUUUGCCAGUUCCUAACAGAAGCAAACAUUGUGAUUUAUUGACUAAACUCCAAAUAUUAAUCUGCUAGCAGUAAGACUAAUUUGGUUGUAAGAAAGUUGGGAAAUGCAACCCGAGACAAGAACUAAUAGGCACUGUUAACAAUGGGGGAAAAAAGAAUCAUACUAUAACAGAAAAAAAGAUGAGUUAGACAACCAUUCACCACAUGUUGGUGAAUAAGCGAUAAUAAGCGUUUAUUUACUUGUUGUACAUGUUCCCUAACUCUUAUUUAAAGUGCCAGCUGCAGUCCGUCUUGUUUGGCUGAGUGGUUACUUUGCUCCGAUAACUUCUAACUUUAUUCUUAGUUUCUGAUUCAGAUCUUCAUUACCUGUGUAAACCAGGGAGAGAUAACAGUGUGUGUCACUUUAAGAGUGAGUCUUCGGGUGGCUUCUUGAUAUUAAUAGAGCCGCUGUGUCUUCCUCCUCUGACGUAAUGCCUACAGAGAGACAAGCGGAGAGGUCCUGUCACAGCAAAGCGAUAACACUAGUCUGAAAGAAAAGAAAAGAAAAAAAAGGAAAGAUAACGAGCUGACCUGCUUUGGUUUGCUGUGACCACCAACUCCAUGAAUAACAAACUAACUAUAGCGUCGGGAAUAUAUCAACACCCGAGCCAAACUCACCCACUAAUCAGUCGGUAUUAGCCUAGUUUAUGUGCUGCUGCCGCGAAGCCUUUAACUAUCUCGCUCCCCCCCCCCCCCACCCUCUCUGACCAAAGAGAGAAAAAAGAGACAGCCAAGACACAGUCACCCCGUCCGACAUCAUCAACAAACAAAAAAAAAAAAAAAACCCCACAAAGAGACGAACCAGCCAGACAGCCAUCCAGCCAGCCACCAUCUUUACAGGCUGCUGAAAGAGACACAAUCUGAGAGAGAAAAGAACCUAAUGCUUGUUUUGAUCAACAGGUUAAGGCAACAACUGUGACUGAAGACCAAAAAGCAGGACAGCAUUUGUCACCCAGACUCGAGCUGAUCAGGAACAAAACUGCGAUGGCGCGCAGUUGAGCAGAAGAGGUGCUGCAGCUCUGGACCAAACGUAGCCGAUGCUUGUCCCAGUGAAGGACCUUUUUAAACCCACGGCAAAGAAGCUGAACCAUUUUCACUCUGACAGUUGUGGACCUCUGAGGACUCGCAGGGACCAGAAGAGAUGGAGUGAUACCAGUUUGGGUCCGACGUCUGGUUUCUGCUUUCCAUUACUUUGUUUUGGAGUAACAGGGGAACCGUGCAGAAGAGCUGUGCUACCGGACGGACUCGUGUAAUCAAGCUGGUUGAACAAAACUGAUGCCGAAGCCAUGAUGUUUUGAUAACCUGAUGACCAGCACAGAGAUGGUGAGGAAGAAGAAUCCCCCUAUCCGGAGUGUGGGUGGUGAGGAGGAAGAGGAAGAAGAGGGGAAGAAGCCAACAGGAGAGGAAGAAGAUGAAGGAGACGAGGAGGAGAGAGUGGCAGCGGAAGCAGAUCGGAUAAACCGACCCUCCGAACCGGAGUCCUCUGAACGGAUCCGAGGGAACGAGGAGCAAGACGAGGAGGAUGAAGCAGAGAGUGAGUGCACCUCCUCCGUCGGUGAGCUCUACAUUAAUGAGGAGCGAGGGGGGAGGACCGCAGGCGGAGGGGCGAGGGCAAAACGAGUAUUAGCGGCACAGUGUGAGAGACCCGACAGCCAGUCGGAAGCCGAGGACGGGGAGAGGGGAGCAGAAGGAGGGGAGACUGACCACCUCACUCCUCCUCUCCCUUCAGCACCUCGGGUCCUUUCCAGGCAGGAAGGGAGGGAGGAGUCAACCAGUGACACCCCGGCACUCUCGUCCAGCCCUUCUCCCAAACUUCAGGACUUCAAGUGCAAUGUGUGUGGUUACGGCUACUAUGGCAACGACCCUGCUGACCUGGUGAAGCACUUUAGGAAGUAUCACCUGGGUCUGCACAACCGCACACGACAGGAUGCUGCUCUUGACACCCAGAUCCUGGCCCUCCACAACAUGGUGCCCCAGCAUACAAACUUAGAUUUACAAACAGGACAGGGAGCGAGAAGUCAAACCAAAGAGCUGGGGAAGACGAGAGCCGAUGGACAGAAUCAGCAGCAGAGGACAGUUAUGAUGAACGGAGCGUACGACAUACAGGUGACGUUGGGCGGCACCUUAAUCGGGAUUGGCCGCAAGACGUCCGACUGCCAAGGGAACACUAAGUACUUCCGCUGCAAGUUUUGCAACUUCACGUACAUGGGCAGCAAUUCCUCGGAACUUGAACAACACUUUUUGUCCUCGCAUCCUAACAAAGUAAAAUCUCCCCCGACCACGCCGCUGCUGGCCACCAAUAGCCUGGCGACGCACGACAGCCAGCUAAAAGGGAGGAGCGUGAUGCUGGACGCCGGCGAGCGGGUGGCGGUGCGAGCCGAAGACGACUCCGUGGUCGGGUACUUCAUCCCGGUCAGAGCGGGUUCUGACUCGUCGGGCUGGACGGGGGAGGCUGGUCGAGGGCCCAUACAGGCGUGUUAUUGGUGUAAACUCUGCAGCUGGAGUUGCGAGUGGUCAGAAGGUUCAGCUAAGCUUCUAGAGCACUAUGAACAAAGGCAUAAGGCUCCUGCUGGUGGCGCUAUGAGCCCCAACAGCUCUGGGCUUGACAGAGAGAGGGAGAGGGGAGGAAGAAAAGAUAGAGGAGAGCAAGAUCACAUGGGAUCCAAAAGCUGCAAAGAUCACUUCACCACCAGCCAAGGAGACCCAAAAGGUGGCGAUUCGGAAGCCGUCGUGACCAGCUACAACUGUCAGUUGUGCGAUUUCCGUUACUCGAUGGCCCACAGUGCGGACGUGAUCAUCGUCGCUCCGUUGCUGCUGCACUACCAGCACAACCACUCCAUCCACCGCUGUUGCAUUCAACACUGCAUGUAUUGUCCUCAGGGGCUCUGCCAGCCCCAGAAACACCUGGGAGAGGUAUCCCACCCUUUUGCUUGCCGGAAGCCAACCUGUUCUAAAUGCUGUUCAAAGUUUCCUCAGCCUGCCAAGCAGCAGGACGCCAUUGGUUCAAAACCCACUGCUGCCACCUCACCCAGCGUGACCCCUCCUAACCCGAGAGGCGACCCCAGUGUGAUUUCUGGUUCCACCUUUCACCCCUCUAACCCGGCACAUCCUGUUGUUGCACAAGGUGUCACUCACUUGUGCGACCAGUGUGCGUUUGCCACUACGGACAUCGAUGUGUUGCUGCAACACUAUGAGAGCUGUCACAGCAUGAUCAAACUAAAGGGGGCACCUCCACAAGUCAAGGCUGAAGAGGAGACUGAAGGAGACAAGGAGGGAGGCAGAGGAGGCGGCGCAGGAGAGACCGAGCACACUUGUACGAAGUGUAGCUUUGUCACACAAGUGGAAGAAGAGCUUUUUAGACACUACAGGCGUGUCCACGCGUGUUGCCGCUGCCGACACUGCGACUUCACCGCUCCCGAUUCAUCGGCCCUCCUCGACCAUUUUAAUUCUGCCCACUGUCAAGACGCCUCUCCCUCAUUAGGCUCCCAGUCCACCUUAAUGACACCGUCGCUGGCGCUUUCGGCCAAUGGCUGCUCAGCCCCCUCGACUUUGGCCAUUAAAGAGGAGAGCAAGGGGGAUCUACGACUUCUGUACUCUCUGGCUCCACCUGAGGGACGAUUGGCGGAGGGCGGCAGAGAGGAGCCCGGCGGUGUAGUAAAGAGCGAGGGAGUGGAGGAGAAAGAAAGAGAACGGGAGAAGGGUUGGGCUCUCGGAGAGACAAGAGGGCCGGGAGAAAGAGGAGGUGAGCAGGCCCACGGAUUACUCUGGGUACCCAAGGAGCGGAUGGGGCCCGAGAGAGUAGCAGAAAGAGGAGCAGGAGGUGGGAGCCCCUCUCUUUUCCCCUCCCCGCUCUCCCUCUCUUUCGUUUCAGCCAAUCACGAGGGCUCGCAGCAGAAGAGAGGCAUGGCUUCGCCUGGCAUGGUUUACCUGGCAGACACCAAGCCGUUUUUGGGAGAUACCAAGUCGUUUUUGGGAGGAGGGAGGCCAGGGGGAGCUACUGCAGGUGGAGGAGGAGGUGGGGAGAAGCAGAGCCAGAUACCUUCACAACAGUAUCCAGGUGGAGGAGGAGGUGGAAGUGGAGGUGCAGGAGCACAGGAGGGGAAAGGAGGAGCCACAAAAGAAGAAUCCCAGUCUCUGCUAAGACGACGCAGAGGCAGUGGGGUUUUCUGUGCAAACUGCCUGACCACCAAGACGUCGCUCUGGAGGAAAAACGCAAACGGAGGCUACGUCUGCAACGCAUGUGGUUUAUACCAAAAACUGCAUUCGACUCCGAGGCCCCUGAACAUCAUCAAGCAGAACAAUGGCGAGCAAAUCAUUCGACGGCGGACCCGAAAGCGCUUGAACCCCGACACGUUGUCGUCCGAGAACCCGGCCCCAAAACAGCAGCGAAUCACCAGCGAGGAGCGCCUGAACGGUGAAGAGUUGGACACCAGGAGCUGCCCUUCAGUGAAAAGCCAGCAGCCUUCCCCUCGCUCACGCUCCCCGCGGUCCACUCAAGCCUUCUUAGCCAAUCAGACUCUUGAGAUCCACAGGCGUAUGCCUCCCCUCCUCCUUCCCUCGCAUCCUACCCCAGCCAUGGUGGCCGAGAGCAACGGGGGCAUCGCAGACGGGGGAUUAACGUCAAAGCUAGAAGUGGGGAAAGGAGGAGGAUCGGAGAGGGGAAGCCCAAUUGAAAAGUACAUGCGUCCGUCUAAACCCUCUAGCUACUCUCCUCCAGGUUCGCCAAUAGAAAAAUAUCAAUAUCCGCUUUUGCCAUUACCUCUUCCAUUGACCCUGUCACCUGAUUUGACACCUGAAUCUGAUUGGCUCAGAUUUUGGACCAAGUAUAAGAUGGCAGCCACCUCUGGGGUCCCUGGUAGCAUCAGUAAUCUGAGUAGCCCCAGUGGGAUUGGAACCAACGCCCAUCAUCUUGGAACCAUGGUGACCCCUGUACAAUAUCACCAGCAAAGCUACACGGUGCCUUACUGUGCUUCCCCUUACUCCCCUCUGCCGCCUCCUCCAGCCCCUUCUCACUACCCUCCUCCGCCUCCUCAUCACGCCCAAACGUUAUCCUCUGCGUCACCGGAGAACGACACUCCUUUGGAUCUCGCAAUAAGGCAACGAGACACGAGCAACGCAAAUAUGUAUGUGUCUAACGGUUCUGAAAGAAAAAGGAAGGAGUCGCCCCAAAGUGAGACCUCGAUGGGAAACUGGAAAGGUGAGAAGGAGCGCGAAGAGAUGGCGGAGGAAGGAAAGCGCGAGUCGAGCAUCGUGUCGAACUGCUCGAAGGCAGACGCAGCCACACAAGACGACCUCGCCAACCGCUGCACUCACUGUGGCAUCUACUUCCUGGACGAGGUCAUGUACGCCCUGCACAUGAGCUGCCAUGGCGACAAGGAACCGUACCAGUGCGGGUUUUGCCUCCACGUAUGCGCGGACCGCUAUGACUUCACCACGCACAUACAGAGGGGCUUACACAAAACGCUGCCACCGCCGCCACCGCCGCAGCAGCAACAGAAGGAUCACACACCAGACGGCAAAAGUCUCCAUGUAAUGGCAGCACCGGAGUGUCGAAGUCAGACACCUGCACCAAAAGAUGGAGGGAUCACAAGCGAAGAUGAUGAAGUCAUGAGUACAGAUCACGACGGCCAAGAAAAGGAAGAUACAGACAGUGGAAGUAUACAAGAAGUCGAAAAAGAGCAAGAAAGAAGUAAGGAAUUAUGUGGGAAAACGGCGUUGGAUGAUGAGAAAUCCCCGGAGAUAACAACUGUGGCAGAGUCUACGAAGUUAGAUGGGCUCACUGAUGGAAAUUAAAUGACUCACAAAACAUUAAUAACAUGUUAUUGGAGUAUUAGGCUCUAUGUUCCUGAAGGUUUGCUCAUUUCCUAAUGGGCGUACCUUAAAAAGCACUCCCACUGUCAAAGGCUCAGAGAAAUAUAUUGCAGGACCCAGGUGAACUACAGCUGGGCAAGGGGAGAAACGGCCUGAAUCCUCCGGUGAGUUACUGCUUACCUGACAGAUUUGUGGCAGGGAGUCAACAGGGUGCUGGCAUCCAGCUGAAAUCACUUUUCAGAAACAGCCGAUCUGUGCGCAUUCACAUAGGAGGAUCGGAGGCUGGACUAACAUAGCCAUCAAACAAGAGCAAAAAAACAAACAAAAAAAAAAACAACAACAACUCGAAGUAUAACACUUGAACUUUGCUGUGUUGAUUUCAUCUGCUGCAUUUACCCUUUUUAUUUCAGAACAGCCAGAUGUGAUCUGGUGAGAACUGCUGCGCUUUUGCCCAGAACAUGUUUAUUUUUCCUCUCAAGUGGAUCUCAAAAACCAAAAAAACAACAACAACAACAAAAAAAACACUUUGUUUUGAGUAUUUUCAAACUGGUUUGCUUGAAACCAGCUAGGGCUUAUCUGCGGUUCAGUUGGUACGGAAUUGACCAGUUUCCUUCACUUUAUCCCUUGCUGUUUCUCAAACUGAUCCUGGAUCAAUGCAAAAUCUACACGGUGGCUGAAAACUAGUCCUAACCCCUUUUUGAAACUGCUUGAAUCCAGGUCAAACUGUUAAAACUGGUCUAAAGUCUUCAUCUGUUUGGAUGGAAAAAAAAAACAAAAAACAAAUUAAAAGACUUUAUUUUUUACUUUCCACUGUGCCAUGAUACUAGCUAUGUGCCUGGCUGCCUGCCUAAAUAGAACAACCAUUUAUUAACCUGCUUGACAUUUAUAUUAAUGAUAUGAAUAAUAAUAAUAAUGGAAAUAAGAAGAAGAACCAUGAUGGUGUCAUUAAUCGAAAAUGCAAUUUGCUACAUUUUCUUAUUUGUCGUUUUGUAAAGGUAAAAAAAAAAAAAGCUUUUUAAAGGAAAUGGUACUAUAAAAAUUAGUCUAUUUUAGUUCUCUUUUUUUUUCCUGUUUUUGUGUCUUCAAUGAGAUUUGUUACGUUGAUGAAAGCCGUCUAACAAAAAUGAAAACUGGUACAGCAGAGGAGGGGGUUGCGUGCGCACUUGUGCGUUUGUUUUACUGCAUUUACAGUGUGUGUAUGUGUGAGGAUCGAAGGUUUUCCGUCCCUAAACGAUGAUGUAAACACAAUGAAUGCUCAGUUUCUUAGUCCUCAGGGGUCACACGUGCACACCAACCUGCCUUCAUCACAGCAUGUGACACAUCAUUUGUACACAUCAAAGGCUUGGUGAGAUAAGUGUUUUUAGCAUGUUACGUCUUGUUUUCUUUGGUUCUUCCUAUAUAUGUUUUUAUUGUGUGUUGUUUUUUUUUUUUUUGGCAAUAGGCCAAAGUUUUUUUUUUUUUUGUUUUUUUUUUUUAGGUUAUAACUUUUCUUAAUGUCUACAUGUGUUUAAGUUACUAAGUGUAUUAGAGAGACUUCAGUAAUUAGGGAGCAAAACCCAACAUUUUAUCAAACUGAUCAACUUUUUUGGGUUAACUGUAUAAACUAGUCUUAAGAGA